UAGAGCAAGUAACAUACAAUGUCGGGAGCUGCUAUCAUUGUUAAGCCUUCAAAAAGGUAUUUGUUUAAAUAUUCCUAGCUUUAUAUACUGAUGAGCUGCAUUUCUUCGUAUUUUUUGGAGCACUGUCUUUGCUAUUACUCAACUAUUUCUUAGCUUAUUCUUACAGAAGGCCUACCUAGAAAGUUUUAUUUAGACAAAGAAUCCUACCUAUUUCGUGUGCACAGGAAGUUAUAGGCCCUACCUUACACACCUUAUCCGCUUGUAGACAGCAAUCACUUUAUAAUUCACAGUAGGCCUAAGAUGAAUAAAUAUGACAGACGGUUUAUUAUCUACAUUGAUGAAGAUGGAAUGUUAUCCGUUCCUGAUUUGUUUUGCUCUGUUUGCAUCAUUUACUUGUACUUUGCCACUCACUUGUUAUAACUACGACCCUCUAUCGAUUAAUGGAACACAACCUCCCGAUGAUCUACUGUGUCCAGAAAGAUGUAACUGCACAUAUUGUGCAAACAGAGGAACACCAAUCUUAAAGUACCGCCAUGAUGUAGAUUGUUCAAAUCGGCAAUUAGCAAAUAUUCCUUUAAAGAACACGGUACCAACUGAUGUUGCUUUUUAUUUCUUGCAAAACAAUAUUAUCAAAUCACUAAAGAACAAUUCCUUUAAGACAUUACACGCCCUAGAAUAUUUGAGGCUUUCCCAUAACAAGCUAUAUUACUCAAGUAUUGAAUCCGACGCAUUCAGUGGAUUGAGAAAGCUAAGCGAUCUCUCGAUGAGUAAUAACAAUUACCUCAGUAAGCUUCAAGCAGAAUGGUUCGUAGACCUUGUUUCGCUGGAACGAUUGCAUCUUGACUUCUGCGGAAUUACCACAUUAGAGAGUGAUGUAUUUAAGCAUUGUAAAUAUUUGAAAAAAGUUGAUCUUUCUGAUAAUGAAAUUGUGUCAUUCCCAACAACCCUUUUCCAAAAUAUGUCUGCACUUAUGUUUCUAUAUAUGCACCAUAAUAAAAUAGGUAAACUCCCGAAUCAAGCAUUUGUCCAUUCCAACCGUAUGCAGGCAAUAUCUCUCCAUGACAAUUCCAUCACUGCCAUUAAGGAGAAUGUUGGGUUUCAAAACCUGAACCAAUUGCAGAUACUAUAUGUAUCAUACAACAAAUUCUCUUGUGAUUGUAAUUUAGUCUGGUUUAGAAAUUGGAUAGACAAGACGAACGUCACACUUGAAGACAUUGGGGAUACAAAAUGUACAUAUGGACAAAGAAAGGUGUACAUAAAACUGCUUGAUUUUGAUCCUGAUACUAUACAGUGUAGCAAAUUAUUUAAGAUCUUAAGGAUUACCAUUUCGUCUGUGUCAGCUGGAGUUACCAUUGUAAUAAUUGGAUCUAUCCUGUACUGCUUCAGAUAUGAUUUAAGGUACUGGAAUCAACGACGACGUCUUAGGAAGCAAUAUGAAAAAAUCAACAAUCAAGGACCACCACCAAUUGAUGGAGAAAACAUUAAAUAUGACGCGUUUGUGUCCUACAACAGCAAAGACCAACAUUGGAUCAUUUCUGUAUUACAACCAUCGUUGGAAAUCGAUCGCAAUUUCAAACUGUGUGUUGACUACCGCGACUUCAUUGUGGGAGAAGCAGUUGUUGAUAAUAUCGCGAAUGCUGUUAAAUACAGCCGUAAAGUCCUGUUGGUUGUCUCCAAAAACUUCAUCAAAAGUGAAUGGUGUUACUUCGAACUGGAGAUGGCACGCAUGCGCAUGUUCGACAAUCACGAAGAUAUUCUGGUUGUGGUUGUACUUGAGAAGGUGUCUGCGAAAGAUAUGCCGAUCCUAUUGCAUAAGAUACUGACCACGAAAACGUACAUUGAGUGGGAAGAACAUCCCGAGGGACAGGCAUUGUUCUGGGUUAAGCUGGAAGCAGCACUCUUGUCACCUAAUUGCCCAAAAUACAGACUUUUAAAUAAUCCUCAAGAAUGAAUAGAAUUACGUAACUAACUAUGUACCGGUAACAAUUUUAUUUCAAGCCAAUUGUUUAGUGUACAUGUAGUAUUUUUCUCUUUGAAUGCUUUUAGAGAUGAUGUAAUUAUAAUGCGCUAUAUAUUGUACUUACUUAUAUCAUGUCAUAAGGAAAAGCCCUAUGUUCUGUUUUAUCAACAGCUGGCAUAGUGAAUCUAGAGUUCUACAUGCCAUUAUAUAGAGUUUUCUAGACUCGACAUAAACAAUAUUGGAAUGGAUCACAAUUUUAUAGUAAUUAAGUCUGAUUAAUUACAGUUGACCAGUAAAAUCAGAAUGUCUUUGUCUUCUUUGAUAAUUCUAAUAAAUUCUUUAUUAGAAAUAGUGUGAAUCUACAUUAUAAUUAUGCUCAUAUUUCAAAGCCUAAAAUUACAGUGUAUAACACAUUACGUCAGAUAACGUCUAGGAUUCAAAACCUACCGGCUUGAAAAUUUGUAGCAACAUAGACCAUCAAAGUUUUCAACUCACGAAGUGAACAUAAUCCCAUAUUUCGCUUAAUUGAGGGUAAAAUAAUGACAUUACUGUCGAUAUUUACUCUGGAAUUUUAGCUGUUUUGAACACGUCGUGGCAUUUCUUACAUAGUCACUUAGAUUCAUGGUUAGACUAAAAGGCCAUGUAAAAAAAAUAAGUUGUUGAUCGUCCCUUGAUUAUCAAUCAUGCUAUGACAAAUAUUGUCUCAACCCACAUUUCAACUUCGUGUAAUUAUUUUGUAUUUCAUUUGUUUGUCCGUACAUCGAGUUGUUAUAGUGUAUAAAUCCCACUUUGAUCAAACACUUCAAAUGAGGCCUUGCUCUCCAUGGGGAAUUUGAAGACUCGGUAUGUAUCAAAGUGUCUACUAAGCUAUGUACAACAUUCUUAUUUCCUAUCAGUAAUCUUCAACAUGUCACAAAUAUAUAAUUUCUAAAAUAAAUGUACACUAAUUAGUAAGCCGGGCCUAUAAACUAAUCGCCUUACUUCAUUAAUCCUACCUAAGCAUAUAAUACCCUACCAUAUUUCAACACAAAUAGGACUAAUAAAUAUGACUAUUAAAGUUAAGCAUGGACACAAUAUAUGCAUAUAACGCUCACCACCACAUUCCAUAAGUUGACUAUAUAUGGUAUUGUCACUGGGACACAGAAACCAGAUUGGAAUGGUACAAGAAAAAUUAACAAAAAAAUAUAAUCAUACAUUUUAUCAACAAUAACCUUUUCAAAAAUUAUAUUUAUCUAUAUUUUAUUGGGCCCACAACGUGGGGGGGGGGUAAUUAUUUUUUUUCCACAUACUGUACAGUUAAGGCAAAAAAUAUAGAGGACGAAAUUUUAGGUUAAAUGAAAUGAAAUGUAAUGAAAAAAAUGAAAUGCAUGCACAUUCAUUUUUAUCAGUUCACUAAUUGACCUUAACUAUCGCCCUCUUUAUAAAUUAAUAUUGAUAAAUGCUUUAUUGGUAUUGAUGUGUAAAAGAAGAAAAAAUCAAAUACUUGUCUUAAACCAUUUCUCCAUUAUUUGAAUACUUGUUUUUUGUAAUUUUUUUUCUUUUGUAUUAUUUCUUAACUCGUACAAAUAAUUGUAUUCUUAUGAAAAUUAUAUAAAUAUAUGAAAAAAAGCAAAAUAUAUUAAAUGUUGGUAUAAAGAGAACACGAGGUUAACGUGGAAAAAACUAUUUGAAGCAGAAAUAUUGUACUGAUGUUUGUUUAAUGCAGAUAUUUUUGAAUAAAAGUGGUGGUCAUGCCACGAAAGAGAAAAAAAAAACUCUCGCCCUGGAUAAUUUCUGCCUUAACUCUAUGUGAAAAAGAUGGAUGAAAUCAUGGAACUGGACAUACUAAGCGAGGUACGGUGGAA